GAGGGAGGCACAUGACGUCAGAGGUCAGCUGACAGGUUUGUUUUGCUCGCUCGAGCUCGUCCUGAUAAAAACACAGCGGAGGACGGAAGGAAGCAGCAACAAGCUCGCGAGCAGAGAGCUGCUGAGCCUCACCUUUAAACAACAGAAGAAGACGGAGGGGGACGCGAGGACACGAGGACACGAGGACACUUUACAUCUCGCCGUUUGUAGUUUUUGUAUGCGCGCGCUCUGACACCGCCGCUACCUCCGUUUGCACGCGCGGACAGCGACUUUGACGCAGUAUGCCUUCAGAGAAAAGCUUCAAACAAAGAAGGACGUUCGAACAGAGAGUAGAAGAUGUCCGACUGAUCCGAGAGCAGCACCCCAACAAGAUACCGGUGAUCAUCGAGCGGUACAAAGGAGAAAAACAGCUCCCCAUCCUGGACAAGACCAAGUUCCUCGUUCCCGACCACGUCAACAUGAGCGAACUCAUCAAGAUCAUCAGGAGGCGCCUCCAGCUGAACUCCAACCAGGCGUUCUUCCUCCUGGUUAACGGUCACAGCAUGGUCUCGGUGUCGGCCGCCAUCUCCGAGGUCUACGAGCGGGAGCGGGACCAGGAUGGCUUCCUCUACAUGGUGUACGCCUCGCAGGAGACCUUCGGUUCGGCCGUGACUGCCCAGUGAACGGCCUUCCUCCUCCUCCUCCUCCUUCCACCUGGCAGUCGAUGGGACAAUUGGUAGUCUUUAGCCGUCCCCUCCCAUGUUUGUCGCCGCACACCUUUUUAGUCUCGACUGUAAGAACUUAAACAAAAAAACGCCGAGCGGAGCCGAGAAAUCCCCCAAAACCAACGAUGACUCGGGCCUUUAGAGUCUUUUAGUGUCUUUGCUUCUUUAUUGUCCUCUCUGCUGAGUCAUGUCGAGUUCUGCGUCUCCUCGGCUGUUUUUCUGUUCGUGUAAAUACCCGAUUGAAGCCGCUGACGCUCCGCCAACGUCUUAAACAUUAGCCAACGAACAAAGCCAACGGAGGAGAGAACGUUCGCUCUUUGUUUUGAUUCUUAAAAGGUCAAAUUGUGGGAUUUGUAGUCUCGAGCACUUUCGCCAGAGGAAAUAUAAGAGAGGAUGUUUGUUAACGAAGGCGUCUCCGCCGCGUGUCUCGUCGCGUCCCCUCGAUGGUCCCUUCUUCUGUGUUUUUAGCCCUGCCCGCCUCGUAGCCUGAAGCAUCGUCACUGUAACAAAGAGAUGUUAGGAAACUGCUUUUUGCUCUUGAAACAGAUGAUUGUAGUUUGCAAAAAUUAAAAAAAAGAAAUGCCUUGAUGUACAGAUAAUAUCGACUUUACGGCUUUGACUAUAGAGUGUAACCAAGUUGAGUUUGGACACACUACACGGAGCGCAUGUGUGAUCGUCGGAGGAUGAUGAUGGUGUUUCUGUAAAUGCUGAUGAGGAGAGGGAGGUCGCCAUUUUUCCUUUUCCUGUUCGCCCCUCUUCUGUCGCGGGUGUUAAUUGAGGCGAUCGAGGCCCGGGCGGGGAACGUCCGCCCGCCUGCCCGGUGGGUUUUUAAUAAAGUCUGCCGCGCUCUCUCCUCACCAUCUUCUUAACAGAUUGCUUUUAUAUCGCAGUAUUUUAUCGUUUCUUUUUAUUUAAUGUGAUUUUUAUUCCACCGUCUUUACUCUUUACGCUGUCUCGUCGUAUGUGAAGGUGACUUUUCUUUUCCGGUCGAAGCCACCGUGUGUUCGUUAACAGAGGGGUGGAGCAUUUGUUUCAGUGCUGUCUCUUUUUCCCGCCUGCUCCUCUGUUUCACACACACACACACACAUAUCCACACACACACACACACACAGCAAUAUCACUCUUAUGUAUUUAUGUUGGUAUUUUGUAAACAAUAAAAGGAGAAUAAAAAUGG